AUGGCUUGUAUGAAGCUGGGAUCCAAAUCUGAUGCUUUCCAGAGACAAGGCCAGGCUUGGUUUUGCACAACUGGACUUCCAAGUGAUAUUAUCGUUGAGGUUGGAGAGAUGUCUUUCCAUCUCCACAAGUUUCCAUUGCUCUCAAGAAGUGGAGUCCUGGAAAGAAGAAUCGCAGAGGCGUCGAAAGAAGGGGAUGAUAAAUGUCUCAUCGAGAUAACUGAUCUUCCUGGCGGAGACAAAACGUUUGAACUAGUCGCCAAGUUCUGCUAUGGCGUGAAGCUCGAGCUCACUGCCUCUAACGUUGUAUAUCUCAGAUGUGCCGCUGAGCAUCUCGAAAUGACGGAAGAGUAUGGAGAAGGAAACCUUAUCUCUCUAACCGAAACCUUUUUCAAUCAAGUGGUGCUCAAAAGCUGGAAAGAUUCAGUGAAAGCGCUUCAAAGCUGCGAUGAGGUCCUCGCGUACGCUGAUCAGUUGAACAUUUCCAAGAAAUGCAUAGAGUCACUAGCCAUGAGAGCGUCCACAGACCCAAACUUGUUCGGAUGGCCAGUCGUGGAGCAUGGUGGGCCAAUGCAGAGUCCAGGUGGCAGCGUUUUAUGGAACGGGAUUAGCACCGGGGCUAGACCUAAACAUACUAGUUCGGACUGGUGGUAUGAGGAUGCGUCUAUGCUUAGCUUUCCUCUUUUCAAGAGACUCAUCACAACCAUGGAUGCAAGAGGCAUAAGAGAAGACAUCAUCGCCGGUUCUCUAACCUAUUACACGAGAAAAUACUUGCCUGGCUUGAAAAGGAGACGCGGUGGAGCUGAGACUAGCGGUCGUUUCAACACACCUUUGGGCUCCGGGAACGUUCUGUCUGAGGAAGAGCAGAAGAACCUGCUUGAAGAGAUCCAGGAGCUUCUCCGAAUGCAAAAAGGUUUAGUCCCGACUAAGUUCUUCGUGGACAUGCUUCGAAUCGCCAAGAUCUUGAAAGCUAGUCCGGCUUGCAUUGCGAACUUGGAGAAGAGGAUAGGGAUGCAGCUUGACCAGGCGGCGUUGGAAGAUCUUGUGAUGCCUAGCUUCUCACAUACUAUGGAGACUCUUUACGACGUUGACUCUGUGCAAAGGAUCUUGGACCAUUUUCUUGGGACGGAUCAGAUCAUGCCCGGUGGGGUCGGCUCUCCUUGUUCUUCAGUAGACGACGGGAACUUGAUCGGAUCUCCGCAGUCUAUAACACCGAUGACAGCUGUUGCGAAGCUGAUCGAUGGGUAUCUUGCUGAAGUUGCUCCUGAUGUCAACCUCAAGCUUCCAAAGUUCCAAGCUUUGGCUGCUUCUGUUCCUGAAUACGCCAGACUCUUAGAUGAUGGACUCUAUCGUGCAAUAGACAUUUAUCUUAAGCAUCAUCCUUGGUUAGCGGAAACGGAAAGAGAGAACCUUUGCAGGUUGUUAGAUUGCCAGAAGCUCUCUUUAGAAGCUUGCACACACGCGGCACAGAACGAGAGACUGCCGCUAAGAAUCAUCGUACAAGUCCUCUUCUUUGAGCAGCUUCAGCUCAGAACCUCUGUAGCUGGAUGCUUUCUUGUUUCAGACAACCUCGACGGCGGAUCAAGACAGUUAAGAAGCGGAGGAUUUGCAGGAGGAUCAACCGAAGGAGGAGGAGGAGGAGGAGGAGGAUGGGCAACAGCAGUAAGAGAGAACCAAGUCUUGAAAGUUGGAAUGGACAGUAUGAGAAUGCGGGUUUGUGAGUUGGAGAAGGAAUGUUCCAAUAUGAGACAAGAGAUUGAGAAACUCGGGAAGACAACGACGAAAGGAAGUGGUUUGGGAGGUGGUAGCAAGACGUGGGAUAACGUUUCUAAGAGACUAGGGUUUGGGUUUAAGCUGAAGUCACACCAAAUGUGCAGUGCUCAAGAAGGAUCAGUGUCAAAGUCAAACAGCGAGAAUGUGAAGAUAGAGAAGCUAAAAGAUGUCAAAGAACGUCGUGGGAAGCAUAAGAAAGCUUCGAGCAUUAGUUCUGAAAGGUGA